AUGCGUAACCUAUUUGGAUCAUCCCAAAUUCAGGGACGAUUUGAUCUGGCCGCGGCAGGUGAGGGCUGGAAUCAGAUGUUUGUCUCACCAGACGGUCAAUCAUUCUGGGUGCAGCAACUCUGUAUGGAUCGCUUGGGAAGUGCGGGAUUAACAUCCGCAGACAUUAUCGAGCCGCACAUUCAACCCCUGUUCUACGGGAUUCGUGCAUCGACCAGUUCAUGGUGUCAAGCUGUUCGUGGGACGGUGUCCCAUACAACAAAUUCUCAUAAUAUGGGUUCGGUGGCAGCCUACCCGAUUCACUACGAAGUUCAAUGUGUCAAACAGCAACAGUUUGGACAGAAAUUGCGAUUACUGAUUCGGUUAAAACUGGAUCAAAUAAGAUGGGUAUAUCAGUGUUUACAGAUCAAAUCGCAUGCAGACGCUUCCGUGAUACAAAUGCUUCAGAGCCAGUCAUAUGCGUUUGAACCGAAAGAAUCGCUUUGCGGUGAACUGAACACGUUUGAAUCCGUUUACUGGAUACCAUCUCUACAAAAGUCGACCGCACAGACCAGCGUCACGUGUCCGUUUGAUGGCGGGUUUCAGCUCACCGCGAUCAAAGUGUUGAAUCGGGAGAAAUCCAUUUGUGAUUACCAGACAUACGGGACACUGGAAAGUGACUGUAUUGCAGGAGAUGGUACAGAAUGGUCAUUUGAUGAUCCCAAGUGCAAUUUGUUUGAGUUCAAACAAGUCACCAAACUCAGUUGUUUGGUCAGUUGGGAGGAAACUGGACUCACCUACGUCCUGUUACGACUGUUCCGCGACGAUGACGGGCAUACUGUGUAUUCCAUGGUCUACACGGAUGUGCCGGGUAAACAUGGAGCGAGCACAAAGUCCUACCAGAAUCCGGUUCCCAUUUGGAUUGGAUUGGGUCUGCGAUUGCCCGCCAAAUUGUCCGAUUCGUUAGCCAAGGCUAAUCCACACUUUCGACCGCAUUAUGACUUCAUAAGGAAUACCAUCGAGCACGAUCACACACUCAGCGGUGUGUGGAAUGACGAGACACGGACGUAUGAAUUGCAGAUUCGACGAGCGUUUGGCAUGUGUGAUGAUGAGCGAACCACAUGCGACCGUGGUUGUGAUUUUGACGCGAGAAAUCGACUCUUCUGUUACCGGACCUGUGCAGGGGAUGAGAAAAAAUGUGCUUAUACUUCCAAGAAAUCCAGUGCAUUAUUCACCGCCAUAAAAUUCGCUCCCAUUGAUCUGACCGUCAGCACAUACGAGAUUGGGACCGUUGCACGACAACACAUCACAGAGGGUGACUGA